CUUGUGGCCCUUUGAAAUAUAUGACGCCUGGCGAUCGCUGCUGGUUGUCUCUGCGUUUUGACAGCUGUGAGUUGCUGCAGGGGUUAAGAGUUCCAGAUUCUCUCCACCUUCUCGGUCGAAAAGUUUUUCUUCACAUCUCCUCAAACCUUCUAACCAUUACCUCAGAUUUAUGCCCUGGAUUACUGAGAACUCAAGGCAGAGGUGCAUUCCUUCGACUUCCAUUCAACACUGCAGCAAUGUCAUAUGGAGCUAUCGAUGGCAGCAGCUUCAGUGGACGCAACCCAUUUGGAGGACCUUCAAGGCAAGGAUAUCAGCCUUUAGCAUCUCAGAUUGACCCCAAUGAAAUUCAAGAGGUGUUCCAGGAACUUACAGCAAACAUCUUCUGCAUUAACACCAACGUGACUUCCUUAGAGAAGAGCCUGCAAGCUCUGGGGACACCUAAUGACACACAAGAGCUUAGAGAUGGACUGCACACAACGCAGCAGGAGACGAAUAAAACCAUCAGCUCUUCAACAAAGUAUAUUAAGCAGCUCUCGGAAAUAGUGCGUGGAUCAUCCAGGCGAGAAUGGUUGCAGUUGGAUAGGCUUAAGAACCAGCUUUCGGACUCUAUCCAGCGCUACGGAGGGUUGCAGAAGAAAGUUGCUGAGAAGUCCAGAGCAUUGCUUCCUGCACCACAGAAAGACAGACAGAUUGCCAGGAACCCAUUCACAGAGAUCAGUGAUGAGGACGAGUUCUUUGGCAGAGGGUCCGGCAAAUGGCAAGCAGAUGACACUUCAGAUCCAACUCAGGCCCAGAGUCAGGCAUUCCUUUCCGAAAUCUCAGAGGAUGAAGUGGAAUCUGUAAAACAAAGAGAGGAGGCAAUAUUACAGAUUGAGGUGAGCAAUCGCUUUGAGUGUAACAAUAGCAUUGAAGCCAACAUUGAGAAUGCAGCUUCAAAUGUUGUUUCAGCUAAUGAGCAAUUGGCAAAAGCAAAUCAGCAUCAGCCAUAUUUACCUAGAGAAGAUGGUGGUGAGCUGGACAGGCACAGUGCCGUUGGGAUGGGAGAUCCAGGAUUUCGAACAAGUGAUAUAAUACACACGUGGUGCAAUCUCCAAGAAAUGAACCUUCAAUGUUUUGGACCAGAUUUCCACGGCAACUGGAAGAUUUUUGAAAAUAGUGUGUGAGACCUGGAUGCAAAAGUCUCACCCACGUAGCUGAUAGAUCUUGCAAUUGCCACAACAGGCAAGGGAGUUGAAAAUAAAGCACACUGUAAGAGAUCCAAACCCAGCAGAGCCAUCAAUGCUGCAUCCAAUCAAAUCCAAUUUUGGCUAUUCCCAGAGUCUUAAUUCAGUGAAUCACA